AUGGUGUCGUCGAAAGGACUUGCAUCCACGUCGUCUCAGCUAGCGGGAACCCAAGUUUCCAGCCACCACGUUGCUUUCAAUUACUCAAUGAAUGUAAUGGCAUUGCUCUUCUACAUUCAACGGUUCUACGAGCACAGUGAACCUCAGGAUCUCGAAACGCGAGAGCAAACGGAAUCACUGGCAGGAGGCGAAAAGAUUGGCUGGGAAUCGGCUGAGGGUGUGGACGUGGCGUCGGGUCGGGCCACUCGGUACUGUUGCAAACGUCAAACCGGUGUCUCUGACACUGCAUAG